CCUUCCCCACUCCCUUGUACCAAAAAUUCAGUUAUUUUCAGGAAGCAAAUACAACUAUACAAAACACAAACUCUUCUUCUUAUCUCUUACUUUUCAAACUCUAAAUUCGGUUUGGGUUUUAGAAAAUUUAAGAUGGUGAGUCCUAAAGGCGAGACUACCAACAAAAAAGAAACUGUACCCUGCGAUUUCUGUAGUGACCAGAUUGCGGUUCUUUACUGUAGAGCUGACUCCGCUAAGCUCUGUUUGUUCUGCGACCAACAAGUGCACUCCGCAAACCUACUGUCAAAGAAACACCUCCGCUCACAGAUCUGCGAUAACUGCAGCAACGAACCGGUUUCUGUCCGGUGCGCCACUGACAAGUUGGUCCUGUGUCAAGAGUGUGACUGGGAUGCGCACGGGAGCUGCUCUGUGUCCGAUUCAGACGAUCGUGUCCCAGUUGAAGGCUUCUCUGGCUGUCCCUCAGCCCUAGAACUCGCGUCAAUGUGGGGCUUCGGUCUUGAUGAUAAAAAACUGAAUGAAUCUUCGCCGUUGAUUGACUACUGGAGCGGGUGUCAAGAUAUGAGAAGUCCGGUUGAGUCUUCGUGGAUGUACGACAAAAAAUCAGGAGUAAGUGUUCAAGAUUCGAUGGUGCCAAAUGAGAAAGGUAUGUUUUAUAAUGGAGAGAUUAUGAGUAUGUCGAAAAGGCAAAGUCCAAGUUGUGGAAAACUUAAACAAGUGAUACAUAAACAACUGGUUCAGUUGUUAAAGAGUGAUUUAAUGGGAAACGAAGUUGGUGAUAUAAACCAUGAUGAUGUUAAAAACAGUAAUUUUAGUGGGGAUGGAGAUGCAGAGAAUUUGGUGCCAAUGAAAGGAAUGACGGAGGCUCAAGUUAAUAGUUGUGUUCAAGAAUCGUUGCAGCAACAGACGCCUUUUACGUCUCUACUUGUGAUGCAGGAACAGAUGGAUGCCAAAGAGAGUGACCGUGUUGUUAACAGGGAUAUGUUGUGGGAUGGAAAUUCUGGUGGUCAGGGAGCUCAGAUAUGGGAUUUUCAUUCAGGACGUUUGAGGGCCACUGAAGAAUCUAGCCAGCUGGAAGUUGCAUAUGGUGGAAGUGAUGCAGUAUUUAUGAUAAAAAACUUUGGUGAACUUAUGAAAGAAACAUCUUUGGCUAGUACAGAAAUGUUUGCAAAUAUGUUCCAGAUGAAUUGUCCCAUGGGACAUGAAGACAUGGCUUCUUUUAAUAACUCAAAUAAUCCAACAGCCAGUCAGGGGCCUGCAACAUCUGAGAGCAACAACCUGCCGAUAGCAAAGCCAUCAUCAGGUUCAGGUUUUGGUAAGCCCAAGGACUCUAGUAGCUCUAAAGAUAACCAGUUCAUGGAACAGUCUUUUCUUGUGAGACAUGAUGGAGUGACGACAGCAGCAGCAACCAAAGCUGAUCUGGAACUGCUGGCACAAAAUAGAGGCAAUGCGAUGCAACGUUACAAGGAGAAGAAGAAAACACGGAGAUAUGAGAAGCACAUACGGUACGAAUCAAGGAAGGCAAGAGCUGAUACCAGGAAGCGAGUGAAAGGUCGAUUUGUGAAGACUAUUGAAGCUCCUGAUGGUUGAAUCUUGUGCU